UCUACAGAGCCAGUUCCAGGACAUCCGGGCUACACAGAGAAACCCUGUCUCUGGGAAAAUAAAAUAAAAUUUAGAGAAGAUAGAAGGAUAAAUCUCUCACAUAAUCUGCUGCCUGAACUGAAACCCAUUCAGGCUGGUUCCUUCCGGGGGAUAACUGGGAAAAUGAAACUGCUGGAAGUCCUGGUUGUAGUUGCUUGGUUUGGGUCGGGUACCAAGUGUUUAAAGAGCAGACAUGAGGCUACAGGGAAAAUGAGGGAGCAAUAGUCACAUGACCUCCACUUUCCUCUUAAUCAAAUUCAAACCAAAACACCUGGAGGCAAGACAGUGGCCAACUGAAUAGCAGGGCCUGUUAAACAGCAAACACAUUCUAAUUCUUUCGAGGCUGAGAUGGGUUCUGCAAGUACUAUGCAGUAAUAUAUACCUGGGAAACUAGGAUUCCAAAAACUCUGCCUCCAAAAUAAAGGGAAAUCACAAAUCAACUGGCGCCCAGAUAAGAAAGACCAGGGAUCUUAUCUUCCUCACGUCUUCACAAAACUGAUGCCCACAAACAACACGGUGGCUAGCUCCAGCUCCCUGUGGGAGUCUGAAAAUAAGAGACAAGGUGUGGGUGAUACAGGCUUGUGUGUUUGGGAAGUAGCCUCAGCUGGGAGCAUCUCAGGAGAACAGCUUAAAACGAAUAUAUGGACCUGUGGGAGCAUCAGGGACAUCUCUACCUCAUGCCCAAUAGCGACCCCAGUUAACUGGGAGACACCUAGAGAGGAGAUGGCAGUUUAGACUGAAAGGAGAAAUUCAUGCACACAUGAAUUGGGAAUUUAGAAAUAAAUGAAAUUUGUCAAAUUUGUUGUGUAUUUCAAUAACCACUUCUGCCAUUUAGUUUAAAACAUGAUACAGUACCGUGAAAGAAGACAGCAGACAGCAGGAGAGACAUUCUAUCGACCCUACUAGCCCGACCGCCCUGAGCCCAUGUCUUUUAAAGUAACACGGAAUAAACUAAAACACUGGAGCCAGGUACCGCACCUACUCCUGCUUGCUGGCUGAGCCUUCCAGCAUGGGGCCCCAUACCACCGAUGCUCACGCCGAGACGAUGCGGGACCCUUCCUCGCACAAGCUGCUCGGCGCUCCGCCUGCAUCUCCGCGGCUUCGUGUGCGGCCCUGGUGGUUCCCAGAGCACGAACUCGAGAAUCCUCUGGUGCUCUAUAUGGAGGCCUGGCUGGCAGAAAUGAUCUUUGGCCCAAACCGAUCCUUAAUCUCAGAAAUAGAGUGGAUAAGCCAGGCUUUGCUGAGAGUGGAUACAGUCGAUUCUGGGAAGAUGGCUGAAAUCACUAUAUAUGGACGACCCUCUGUAAAGAAUCGAAUGAAGAAUAUUCUCUCGAACCUGGCGACCUGGCACAAAGAACACCACGUCCAAAGAGCUGCGAAGAUGAAACAACUUGAGGAAUUCUUGAAGAGCCGUUCCUCAAACAACCAGCUUAAGCCGGUGAAAGAGGCUCCUGCUGACCGACAGGUGGUCCCACCUCAGCCCCUGGAGGUGAAGAAAAAAAUAGAUUCUUAAAAUCCCUACAGAUUUGUUUUCUUUCCUGCCUUUGUGGAUACCUGUUUGCUUUCUUUGCAAAUAGCAAUUUGUAGAACUAUUCCAAUAUGGAAAUGGCUUUUUUUUUUUGUCUGUUAUUUUCGUCACAUGCAAUAAAGUUAAUUUAUAAAAAUUA